AAGAAUAAAAGCCCUCUCUCUCUCUCUCUCCUUCCUCCUCAACCCAAUUAAUCGGCAUGUAUUCGUUUCAAGCAUGAGCUUCCUUAAAGGACUUAUCGAUUCUUUCGGCUCCGUCUUCUCCGCCGCCUCCUCCGACGAGUCUCACCCUAACUCCAGUCCUCCGCCCGAUUCCUCCACCAUGGACGGCGUAGCUGGCCCAUCUUCCGUCUCCAACGAGCGUGUCGCAUACAAGCUCAAGGGCUAUUUCGAAUUGGCGAAGGAUGAGAUCGCCAAGGCCGUUAGGGCUGAAGAGUGGGGGUUAGUCGAUGACGCCAUUGCUCACUACAGCAACGCCCAGAGGGUUCUCGUCGAGGCCACCUCCACUCCCGUGCCUUCCUAUAUCACCCUCAGUGAGAGAGAGAAGGUGAAAUCUUAUCGUCAGAAAAUAUCAAAGUGGCAGGGUCAAGUUUCUGAAAGAUUACAAACUUUAGGCAGACGAACAGGUGGUGCGCCCAUGAGCAAAAACACCUUAGCUCAUGCACAAACUGCUUCAGUUGCAUCACCAACAUCAACUGCCAGAAAACAUGUGUUACCCCAGUCUCCACGUGCCACUACAAACAGACCAGAAAUGAGGAAUCAGGCCAAUAACAUUGUAAGCUCAAAACCUGUGCAACAGUCUGGUGGUGGUUAUGAUGAAAAAUUGGUUGAAAUGAUAAAUAGUGCUAUAGUGGAUAGAAGCCCUUCCGUUAAAUGGGAAGAUGUUGCUGGUCUUGAGAAGGUGAAACAAACUUUGAUGGAGAUGAUUAUUUUACCCACAAAAAGAAGAGACUUGUUCACUGGUCUUCGAAGGCCAGCUAGAGGUUUGCUUUUGUUUGGUCCACCUGGAAAUGGAAAAACCAUGCUUGCAAAGGCAGUUGCUUCAGAGUCAGAGGCAACAUUUUUUAAUGUCUCUGCAUCUUCCCUGACUUCAAAAUGGGUGGGAGAGGCUGAAAAGCUUGUACGAACUCUCUUCAUGGUUGCUAUAUCCAGACAGCCAUCAGUAAUUUUCAUGGAUGAAAUUGAUAGUGUCAUGUCAACAAGGCAGGCAAACGAAAAUGACGCAAGCAGAAGGUUGAAGUCAGAGUUUCUGAUACAGUUUGACGGAGUGACCUCUAAUCCUAAUGAUCUGGUAAUUGUGAUCGGUGCUACGAAUAAGCCUCAAGAACUGGAUGACGCAGUUCUUAGAAGACUGGUAAAGAGAGUGUACAUACCAUUACCAGAUUUAACUGCAAGGAGAGUUCUCCUAAGGCACAAACUCAAGGGCCAAGCAUUUUCCUUACCAAGUGGAGAUGUUGAAAGACUUGCAAGAGAGACAGAAGGGUAUUCGGGAAGUGAUCUGCAAGCAUUGUGUGAAGAAGCUGCAAUGAUGCCAAUUAGGGAACUGGGUGAAAAUAUUCUCACCGUCAGGGCAAAUCAGGUACGACCGCUAAGAUAUGAAGAUUUUCAGAAGGCGAUGACUGUAAUCAGGCCAAGCUUAAGCAAAAGCAAGUGGGAAGAGCUUGAGAGGUGGAACGAAGAGUUCGGCUCUAAUUGAAUGCCUAUUACAGCAUUGACUCUAUGAUGUCCAAAACAUAGGAUGUGGAGUUGGGACGAAGGACAAUAAAAAAAAAUGGAAAAUCAUAUUUUGAUCGUAAAAACUCCACACCUCAAAGACGCGAACUCGACUCUGCUUGUUCCUAAUUGUUUGUAUUCUUCGGUGCAAGAUUGUACAUAGUAUUAUGUAGUUGGGUUUACGAUGCAGGAAGCCGCCAGAGAUGUGCAGCUCGUGUAAUUUAACAAUUUAUGACUUCAGUUGAAGUAGUGAUAAUCCAAAAUAUAAGAAGAAUCUCAAGUUGAUACAUUAAGAAA